GACAAGUUUGUUUGAGUUUGAGUCUGCAAGUUGAGCAAUCGUCGUUUUCAGCAAACACAUAAAUAAUGGCUUCAGAUGAUUGGAAAAGUCCCGGAUUUCGUCAAAAUGUUGCUGCCAGAAUUGAAGAAGCCAUUCGGCAAUCUGGGAAUCCCACGACAAAGACAGCGAGUGAAAUGGAAACUCACUUUUUCCAGAGGGCCAAUAACAAAGAAGAUUAUCUGAAUUAUCUUGCUCGUCUGCUGAUACACAUAAAAGAAUUGAGUGCAAAGGCUCGAGCUCAAGGUGGUACUGGAGUUGGAGUAGCUGGACCCCAGGGCAAUGUCCAACCGAACAAUCCUCAACAGCAAGGCAAUAUCUCACAACCUCAGAUGAUGAAUCACAUGAAUGUGAGACCACAAAUGAUGCAGAACAUGGGUGGAAUGGAUCAACAGCAGCAAAUGAAUCAAAUGGCCCCCAAUCAGCAGCAGCAGAUGAAUCAAAUGGCCCCAAAUCAACAGCAGCAGCAAAUGAAUCAGCAACAGCACCAACAAAUGAAUCAGAUGGCCAUGAAUCAACAACAGCUAAACCAACAACAGCAAAUGAACCAACAACAAAUGAACCAGCAGCAAAUGAAUCAAAUGGGUGUCAACCAGCAGCAACAACAAUUGAAUCAACAACAGCAGAUGAACCAGUUCAAUCCCAACAACAACCCCAACAUGAACAUUGGCAAUCCUUUGAUGCAGCAACUGGGUGCCCCCAACCAACAGCAACAACAACAACCCCAAGGAAAUGUGGUAAACAACCCAAGUUCGGCCCUCAUCAGCCAGUUGAAUCAGAAUCAACAGCAACAAGCUAUGGGUCCAAUGGGUGGUGGAAUGCCCCGGCCUAGAUUUGCUGGUCCUACUGGCGUUACGGCUACGGCCAAAAUGACCCCUCAGCAGCAACAACAGGUCCAGGCUCAGGCUCAACAACAGCAACAAAUUCUCAACCAGCAGAUGUUGAUACAGCAGCAACGGAAGCAACAGGCCGAAAUGAUUCAAAAUCCAACGACGCCACAACAGUUUGUUGGCGGCCCUGGAGUGCCGUCCCCUGCUCAACAACAACAGCAGUCAAUGCAGCAGCAACAACAGCAGCAACAGCCCAUGUCAUCGGGUAUGACCAGUCACAUGAGUGCCCCAUCUCCGGCCUAUGUCCAUUCACCUGGUAACGUCCAGUUGGUCUCCUCACCGGCUGCAGCAGCCCGAAUGGGCGGCCAACAACAACAGCAACAACAAAGAAGUUUAAGCAGUUUGUUACCUCCACCAUCGCCAAACAUGAUGAAUGUUCCGACUCCAGGAGGCGGAGGCAUGUUGCACACUCCCCAAGGUGCCGGAAUGGGUGGAAUGGGAAUGACUGGAGCGGGAGGUGGAAUGAUGGGCUCCGGUGGAGGUGGAACCGAGGAGCAAAUGUAUUUGGAGAAGGUGAGACAGUUGAGUCGUUUCAUCGAGCCGCUGACGUGCCUCAUCGGCCGUAUCGGCGAUGUGGAUUCCGAGAAGUUGAGCAAAAUGAAAAUCAUGCUGGAUAUCCUCUCCAACCCGUCGAAAAGGAUGCCGAUGGAUACGCUACUGAAAUGCGAGGCCGUUCUAGAGAAAAUGGAUUUCAAAAAGAGUGAAUCCGGAAGUGUGGCACCUCCUUCGGUGGCUUCCGUACCAAGUUUGGGUGUGGCCGUACCAGUGAACAAUCCACCUGCUGCCACUCCGCUUCUCUCGCUGUUGGACGCGAUUGCCAACCAGGCUCGAUCCCCCUACAUCAAUCAUACCCUCCAGCGAACAUUCGCUCCUGCUGUCAAUUCCUUAAUAGGUUGCGACAUCGCAGCGCCGGCGGCGCCCAAGAAACGCCUUGAUUCCGCCGACGAUGACAAGGCUGAUGAAUUGAUGUACACGAUCGAGAGAGAAGUGGCCAAUCUCUACCCUCGUUUCAAGGUUGAUUUGGACCAAUUGCAUUUGUUUGGCUCGCAAGAUUUACACCUGAUUUGUCGACUGGAAGACAAGUAUUUGCCUUCGGUUCCAUCUCUGCGCAUAGUUGUGCCUCGUGACUACCCCAGAACGGCUCCUUUUUGCGACAGUCGCCAACCCGACUACGAUGUCAGUGGCUUCACCCGGACCGUGCUGCAGGGUUUGAGCGAUCGAUUGCGUCACAUGCCGCAUCGCUUCACCGUCAGCCAAAUUUUGAAUUGUUGGGAGAUGGCCCUCCGCCACGCCUGCAAACCUUCCAACAGCAGCAACGACAAUGCAAGUAAUAGGGACAUUAGCGCCCUAACCGUCGCUUUAGGAGUGUGAGGCGUCGCUAAUAUUUCACGCAGUUUAUUUGGCCAUCUUCAACGGGAGACAAUUUUCAACGUUCGUGUAUCAUUUUUGGACACAAUACAAAUCCGCCACCUUC